GCCGGCCAAUCAAAGGACAACCCGACAUCUGUUUAGCAAAGCGGGAAGAGCGGCCUAGGUUUUCUUUCUUGGCAUUAGAAUAAAAAUUGGUAACAUACUCAUCACCUCUCGGCACCAAUUGAUCUUGUGUUGCAGUGAUUUCUACUCAACUUCUUCAUCGCCAAACUUGGAAGAUGAAUUUGCAGACACACCUUUAUGCGCAGAUAUCACGACAGGAACUAAACAAGGCCAGCACCGCGUUGCUUGGGCUACCGCAGCAAAAAGGAAACCCCUUGCCUGGACAUAUACAAAAUCCUGUUGUCCAUUGUAGUGUUAUGAACAUGGGCUCUGAAUUUGUGAAAUCACGCAAAUUUAUGGCAGAAAAGAUCUAUGAAUUUCUCAUGCUGCGUAGACAACAAACACUAGGCCCUCCGCCUAAGAAACUAUUUCAUAUGGUAAGAUGCUUAGAGGAGGGUCUAUUGAGGAGUGCUACGACCAAGGAGGAGUAUCUAAACCUGCAAACCUUGGAGAGUCGUUUACAUCUGCUGAUUAGACGGAUGAGUGACCACAACCAGCAAUUUUCACAUGCUAAUACUUCCUCUUCCAUUGGUACAAUGAUUCCGACUCCUGGAUUACCUCAGACAGGGAAUUCAAUCCUGACAAGAACUUCAUCCAUUGAUAGUUGUGUUGUUGCUAACAUUGGUCCUUUGGCUAGUGGAUAUCAACAAUCAUCUUCUGGUUUCACAAUCAGUUCGGGUGGAAAUAGCAUUUCGACUUCCAUGGGUGUACUGAGAAUAACCAGCCAAAUGAUACCCACUCCUGGAUUUAGUAAUCCUAGUAAUGAUAUGAAUAAUAAUGCCAAUUAUCGGUCUUCCAUGAACCUGGAGUCAUCUAAUAAUGUGAGUGCAUUUCCGGCUGAUGAACCUACUAUCGUAUCACAGCCAAUGCAGCAAAAGCAGCAUGUUGGUGGUCAAAAUGGUAGUAUGUUGCAUAGUAUUGGUGGUAAUAUGGGUAGGUCCACCUUGCAGCAAACAUCCUAUGGAGUAUCAUCUGGGUCCUUAAAUGAUGGGCUGGGGGUGAUUAGAAACAAUAUACCGCCAAUGCAUGGCCCGGGAACAUCAGAGGGCUAUUUAAUGGGAACCAUGCAUGGGAACUCCCCAAAACCCUCACACCAACAUUUCGAUCAACAUCUGUGUCCAGAAAUGCAGGGUGACAGAUAUGAGCUUGGUUCGUCUGAUGCUUCGGGGUCUGGAAACUUAAAUGUUCCUGUAACCACUGUUGAGUCAGUGAUGAACGAUCAGAAAUUUAAUGCAGUAUCCUUGCGGUCCAUGCCCAAUUCAAACCCCCCUUUGAUGGCCAAUCAGUCGAAUAUGCAUGCAACUCAACAGGUGAUAAGCAUGAAGCCUCAUUCAACUGAUCAAUCAGAAAAGAUGCAUCUUCAACCCCAUUAUUCAGGAAGAGAGUUUCUUGUACAAUCUCAUCAACCUCAACAAUCUCAAAAUCCUUUGUAUCACUUUCAGCAUCAGCAACUUGGUCAACAUCAACUCCAACAAAAGCAGCAAAUUCAAAGAGACCAAGUUUUGCUAAAGAAUGAUGCCUUUUCAGAGUCUCAGCUGCCAUCUGAUAUAGGUUCUAAAGUGAAGCCCGAGCCUGGAACAGAACACUAUGAAGAAAAUCCACACUCACGUGUCACUGAGCAAUUCCAGUAUUCUGAUAUGCAGAAUCACAAGGGUGAGGGCCCUCGCCCAAUAAAAUAAUGCACAAGCCCCUCCAAUGUGAGGAGAGUGUCAGCCGGGCUGUCAAGCUUGGACUUUACUUGUAGUAUGUUUCAAAUUACUUCACCAAUCAGACUAUGAUUUUCACUGAAUAUCUGCAACUUGCGAAACAAUGUAGAAAAACGUUUUAUAUUUAAAAAUAUUGUAUUAACUCUUGAAAUAUCAA